AUGAAGACUUCCAUCCUUGCCAUCCUCGCCGUCGCCGCCGGCCUCGCUGUCGCCGACGACAUCAAGCUCCCCGACUGCGCCAACGGCUGCCUCAACGACGGCCUCCAAAAGGCCGGCUGCACACGAGACAACAUCAAGGACUGCUACUGCCAGAAGGCCGACGUGAACUCCCUCGUCACCUGCGUCAGCAACAACUGCAAGAGCCAAAACGACCUGCUCGCGGCCGCACAGUCCGCCGGCCAGAUCUGCCCGAACGGCGUCGGCAACAACGGCCAGUUCGGCAACAUCCCAGGCUUCCCUGGGAACAACAACAACAACAACGGCGGUGGCGGUGGCGGUGGCGGCCAGGGAGGUGGCCAGGGAGGCGGUAACAACGGCGGUAACAAGGGCGGCAACUAA